GAUGGAGUAGAUAAUAAACUACUUCUUCUCCGAUUCUCUCCUCUUUGAUCUACCACUUUCCCUGGCCCAAUCCGACUAUUUCACCAAUCCAUCGUCAGAUCUCGAGCAAACCUCCGGCGGUGACCAUUGGAUCGUUUUCUUGUGUCUCGAGUCAAGAUCAAUAAUGGCUGGUUCUGGAAAGGUGGAGUUGGAGGGAGGCGUACUCGCGGAGGCACUGAAUGAUCUCUUCACAAGCGCAUCCACUAUGAUCAAAGGCGAUCUACAGGGAACCAAUAACUUGCUUGAACUUUUGGAGAAGAUGAAUCUUAGGGUGGCUGAGGAAUACAAGGGCUAUGGAGAUGUUGCUUCUGGGUUAAGGGUUUUUGUAGAGCAGUUGAAGGCGAAAAAUGGUAGUUUUGAUGAGUAUGUGCAUCAGAUCGAUUUGAUUGAGAAGCAAGUCAUGGAAUUUGAAGUUGUUAUUUCGAUGCUUGAUAAAUAUGUGUCCUUGUUGGAAUCCAAAGUACAAUUUGCUUAUCAGAAUCCAUCAUCCUAAGAAUGGGGUUUCCGUGUUCUUGGGGAAUUGGGAAGAAGGAAAAAUUACCCAGAUCUUGAAAUUCUUUCUUCUUCAUCUCCCACUUUGCUUCGUUCACAGUUUGGGUGCUAUGUAAUUCUGCCUCUGAAGACUAAGCCCUGUUUUUGGAAUUUCCUCGGCAGCGGAUCACUGUAUUUCAUGGUCGCUCUUGAAAGUGGUUUCAAGCUCUGUUCAGCUGUUUCACUCCAGCAGGCAUCUGGACGAAUAGAAGGGCCCUUUAGUUAAAUUUUGUAACUGGAUAUUGUUCUUCUCUCUUAUUUUGUUAUAAAUGAAGAAUGCUGUUUGAUCCUUCAA